UUCGUCCUGUUGGGAACUCGAGGAGAACGGUGGUGAUCGUGAGGAACGUCAUGGUAGUGGGAAACUGGGCUCAGUUUUGCGGACAGGUGUGAGUCAACGCAACUUUUACGGACGGUGACAUCCGAUCUGAAGCGAUCCUCAGCAUGAAUAACGUUGUGUACAAAUCUGCUGGCAAACUCAGGCAUCUGCGCGGCACACGCGCAGGCGCGAACUGCGUCAAAGGGGCGCUUCUCGGAGUCGGCUUCACCACUGUGGUUGGCGGCUUAGUUUUCCUGUUUGCACCCCUUCAUUACAUAAAGGUUUCCCAAAAGCCCCUGUCUUUCUCGUCGAAGUUUACCAGAUCCCUUGACGAGUCCUACAGCUAUCAUCCCUCAAAAGAUGGCAAAGUUAUUUAGUGUCCAAGACACGACGUAGUGCCAUCACUGAUGUUGUAGACAGUGCACAGCAACCAUACUUUAGAACUGCCUUUUAGGAUAUUUUUCUACAAGCAAGCUUGUCUUUUUUUUUUCUUUAUGUAGUGAUUAAGCUUAUGCCUAUUUAGCCACCUCUUAAGAUCAAGCACUUUUCGUGUGUUAUUGUACUCUAAUCACACUGUUAUUUUACAAAUCAAUUUGCCAGUUCUGACUCGUUUAUCUGCAUGUUGCAUAAAAGGCCUGAUGUGUGCAUCUGCAAUGCCAUGUGUGCCAGCAGAAGCAGCAACACGUAGCCACCUUUGCAGCUCAAACUUUUUGAGAAAUCCUGAACAGCCAGUGGUGCCUUGCGACUCUAAAAUCAGUAGUAAGCUCUUAGCAUGGACAGAUGUGCUGUGUGGCCACGGCCUGAGGCCAGGUGCCCGGCAUGUGGGGAAUGUGUGGCCGGUGCCAUGGAGGCCCACGUGGAGAAGUGCUUGCAGCGCUUCAGCAAGAACCCCAAGUCUGCCGAGCCAUGUGUCUGUGUCGUGUGCCGCAAAGACAUCACGUCGCUUGAUGAAGCACAGCGGAUGGCUCAUGUGAACAGGUGCCUCGAUGGGGAGGGGAAGGAGCCCGUGCAGGAGCCGGUCGUCUCGACGCCAUCUCGAAAUGGAUCCCCUGGAUUUAUGCUUCUAGACUGUCCCCUCUGCGAGCGAUCAUUCAAGACAUCAGAGGCUUGCAAGAACCAUAUAAAGCAGUGUAGCACAAAACUAGGCAUGUCCCCGAAACAAGUUGUUGAAGCCAUCCGCUUGCAGCAGCGCUACGUGCAAGAAAGAAUGGCUGCUGGCCUGCCUGUAGUGAGAAGGAGGCGAAAUGCACCAGCUGAUGCGUCAGCUGCACAGCGACCAGCAAAAAAGCCGAGACCGGUGGCGUCAGUACCGAAAAGCAAAUAUCAAGAAGAAGUUCAAAUGGCACGUGCCCUGUCUGCAUCAUUGACGACGGCAGACAAAGACCAAGACGAGGCUCAACGACGAUUUUGCGAGUUGUUGGGACAUUCUUCAGGGAGAAGAAGAAAACAUGCAGUCAAGGAAACCCCUCUGUUGUUGUUGACCUCGGCUGAUGAACGUGCCAAGAAAGUUGAAGAGAAGAUUGAACUCCUCCUGACGCAGAGGAUGAUUGGAUUGGAACUCGGGGAGCUGUCGUGGUGCACAAAGCUGAAGGCCACUGGCAAGCUUUCAAAUCGCAUUAAGGAGCUUUCAACAAAGGACACACCACUCUGGAGCCUUGCGGGUGAAUGCAGAGAGCGGCAGGAAGACUAUUAUUUAUGCAGCCUAAGUCCCGUCGUUACGCCGUCCACAGUUGAGGUUGGGAGCCGACUGAAGUCUCUGAGUCAAGUGCCUGGCCGCAGCCUGUCAGGAGACCUCGAAAUUGUGGAUGGCCUCGCCACAGGAAAGCCCAAGCCAUUGGAAAACGACAGAGAACUCAGCACGCAGCUGCAUCGCGAUGGCCUCCUCUCUGCACUUAACACGACACUGUCAUCCACAGCAGCGUGCCUUGACGUCACUCAACUGAAAAUGCCAGAUUCUAGUGAAAUUGGUCAAGGAUUCCUCACUCAAGAAACUGAGCAAAAAACGACUAAGGAAGACUCGUUACUGACACCUGGAGGAAGGAAAGUCUUGCAGGAUCUGGAUGCUUUGGUUGGCCACAGACGAUUUUGCGACAUCCGGAUAUUUACUAAAGAUAGUGGGGUCAUAUACGCACACCGGGCGAUCUUGUUCACACGGUGUCCUGCUGCUGAAAAGGAGGUCGUCUCUCGUCCGGGUGAGAAAGGGCUACUGUUGAACUGGACUAAGAGGUCCAAGGCUUGCAUUUUAGCAUUCCUUCACUACAUUUACUCUGGUGCUCUCGACCUUGACAAAGACGACAGAAGUCUUCAUCUUGAUCUCAGGGGCAUGGCUUUCAGAUACGGCAUGGAAGAGCUAUGUGAGGAACUGAAAGACCGCUACUUUAGAAACGAGUCUGAACAAGAUGGAUGUGUCGAAUGCUCCAAGGACGCAAUGGAGCACACCAGUGAGACUGUGCCGGUUCCUGUGCCACCUCGCACUAGUCUGGAACUGACAACGCAGACAACAACGAGGUCUUUGCUGGAACAGAGCAGCGCAGAAGUCUCGCAGCAGAUUCGUCGACGGCCGGGAACUCCUUUCUCUGCACCUGCUCCCACCAGCCCCAUUCAAUCUGAAGACGAGCUAGCGUGGAUGGACCUUGACGAGAAUGGCCACCACCGUGACGAGGGUCGUCACGAUGACUCCAGGGGUGAAGAGACGGAUCACCACGCAGAGGGCACAGCAUCGGCCCACGAGGACAGUGACAGCUGCUCGGAGGAGCUCUUUGGACAGUCCAAUGAUUCGGCCUCAAGUGUGGGCAAUGCCACAGAAGGAGACGAGGACAUGGAAGACAGAGAAAGGGCGCCUUCGCGACAGGAGGCAAAGCGGAAGCGAGACAGCGAUGUCGAUGAAACUGCGGCGCAGGAUGGCUCUCAAGGGAGCGGAGAGAAGUGCAAGGACACGGACGAUGUGUGGGACUGUGUCUGGGAUGGCUUCGACGACGGGGUGCAGCUGGACGCUGCUCCUCCUGAGCGUCGUCCACCCUCUGCUUCAAGGUGGGACCGCCAGUCACCCACUGCUGCCAAAGCUGCCGGCGUGGAAGAGGUUCCUCGGGAGAUGCUCGACUCCUUCUUUUUCGAGGAGCAGGGAGGUGCAGAUAAUAGAGCGGCUCCCACUGGUCUUGAACACACACCUGUGUCAUUGCCUCAAUAUUUUGGAGCACCGAGUCGCGCCUACACACCGGUGACCCCUCUGCCGGACUAUGGCGCCAUGCAGACACCAGAGCUGCGAGGCCAGCUUCAGCAGUAUGGUGUACGCAGGCUGCCGCGGAAGCAAGCUGUGAACGUCCUGAACCACAUAUACAACGAGACUCAUCCACUGGUUCCUGAAACGCCCGUGAGGAUCACGUUCCCGAAGAGGGGCAUGAAUGCAGGUGGCGAUAGGGACUAUAGGAGUGCACCAAUGUUGGGAAGCGGCCGACCCGAGUCGUUCUCCGGGAGUUCCAGCGCUAAUGAAGAACCCUCUCACUACAGUUUGUCAUCAAGGAGCAGUGAUGAAGAUGGGAGCUGCAGUGAUACUAGUGACACUGAUAUCAAAGAACAACUGAGACGGUUCUUUCGCAAGAACACUGAGCUGUCAGAGAGCAUCUUAAUGUACGAGCCUAUUGACUUCCAAAAGCUUCGACUAAAUCUCAAGCAAGCCAAUAUCAGGAUAUCUUCUAAGAGCCUGAUAAACUAUCUGGAUGAGCAAUGCAUCACAUUCACCAUGCCUCGCUCUGAAAAGCAGCAGGCAAAGCAGAGGCGACGACAGGAAAACUUCAGACGUAGGAUGCUUGGCAAGCGUGCUCUCGGCACCGCACAGGAAGGCCUGCCAUCGUAGAGUGGUGAACGAGGGCACACAUACUGAUGUGCCCUCACAUUCCUCAGUCUCAUACCCAACAAGAUAUAGCAAGAACCAAGAAAUCAAGUGCUUAGGGCUUUACAAUCAGUUUU